UGGGAGAGAGCGCAAGAAAUAGACACACAGCGAGACAGAGGGGGAGAAAGAGAUAUACGGCUUGCGUCAGGACCCGGGGGAGUCCUCACUCAGCAACUACUUCAAGAUCUCCAAGCUGCCAUGCAGAGCCAGUAGCAGUCUGCAUUUAAGUACAGCGUGGUGGUCUGGCUUUCACUAACGGAUCAUCGCUUGCUAACCGGCCAGUAACUGGAUGAUGCCACAGCUGCACAAGUAAUGCGAGAAAAAUAGUCAGAAAUGAAUGUCCUUCUGAUUUCCCUCUCUCUGCUGGGGCAUCUAUUAUCGAGGGCUGAGGGACAAGUCUUUGCAGGCAGUUGCUCAUUUGAUGAAAACUACAGCAACUGUGGAUACAUCUUGGCCCUUGGGACCACUGGAUUCACCUGGGAGCAAAUUAACACAUGGGAAAAACCAUCCAUAGACCCGGCUGUGCCAACAGGGACCUUUAUGCUGGUUAACAGCUCCGGACGAAUAUCAGGACAGAAGGCUCAUCUGAUGUUGCCCAUACUAAAAGAGAAUGACACACACUGCAUUGACUUUCACUAUUUUCUGUCAAGCAAGGAUCGAUCCAGUCCAGGUGCCUUGAAUGUCUAUGUGAAAGUUAAUGGAGGACCUCAAGGAAAUCCUGUCUGGAACGUGUCUGGUAUAGUUACUGAAGGAUGGAUUAAGACAGAGCUGGCUAUCAGUACAUUUUGGCCAAACUUCUACCAGGUUAUAUUUGAAUCAGUUGCUUCGAAAGGCCAUCCUGGAUACAUUGCCAUCGAUGAAGUUAGAGUACUUGCUCAUCCUUGCAGGAAGGCUCCUCAUUUUCUCCGUCUUCAGAAUGUGGAAGUGAAUGCAGGACAAAAUGCAACAUUUCAAUGUAUUGCUGGUGGAAAGUGGUCCCAGCACGACAAGUUAUGGCUGCAGCAAUGGAAUGGAAAAGAUACAGCUUUGAUGGUUACCAGGGUGGUUAACCAUAGACGCUUCUCCGCUACUGUCAGUGUGGCAGAUACAUCUCAGAAGACUACAAGUAAAUACAGAUGCGUGAUUCGAUCAGAAGGAGGCUCAGGAGUUUCAAAUUAUGCAGAAUUAAUUGUGAAAGAACCACCCACACCUAUCGCCCCACCUGAGCUUUUGGCAGUUGGUGCAACCUACCUGUGGAUCAAACCAAAUGCAAAUUCGAUCAUCGGAGAUGGCCCCAUCAUCCUGAAGGAAGUAGAGUACCGCACAACCGCAGGAAAUUGGGCAGAGACACAUAUCGUGGACUCCCCCACCUACAAACUGUGGCAUCUUGACCCAGACGUGGAAUAUGAAAUCAGAGUUCUGCUCACACGACCUGGAGAUGGAGGGACUGGCCCUCCAGGUCCUCCUCUGACAACACGGACCAAAUGUGCAGAUCCUGUUCAUGGACCUCAGAAUGUGGAAGUUGUGGAUGUCCGAUCUCGUCAGUUGACUAUUCAUUGGGAACCAUUUGGGUAUGCAGUCACUCGUUGCCAUAGCUACAACUUGACAGUUCAGUACCAGUAUGUGCUUGGCCAUCGGGAAUAUACAGCAGAAGAACUGAUGCAGACAUCAUCCCACUAUACACUGCGGGGACUGCAUCCAUACACCACAGUGAAACUUCGACUGGUACUGGUAAACCCAGAAGGAAGGAAAGAAAGUGAUGAAAUUGUUAUACAAACUGAAGAGGAUGUACCAGGUCUAGUGCCCUUGGAAUCAAUUCAAGGAGGCCCAUUUGAAGAGAAGAUAUAUCUACAGUGGAAACCACCAAAUGAAACCAAUGGAAUAAUUACUCUCUAUGAGAUAACCUAUAAGGCUGCUGGGUCCUUUGACCCUAAUGUCGAGCUUUCCAACCAAAGAGGGAGAGUGUUCAAACAGCGGAACGAGACCCAUCACUUGUUUGUAGGGCUUUAUCCAGGCACAACCUACUCUUUCACAAUAAGAGCGAGCACCGUAAAAGGUUUUGGACUGCCAGUCACCACUCGCAUUACGACAAAAAUAUCAGCUCCCUCCAUGCCACUGUAUGACACUGACAGCCCUCUGAAUGAGACUGACACAACAAUCACAGUCCUAUUGAAGCCAGCUCAAUCAAGAGGAGCUCCAAUCAGCGCUUAUCAACUGGUUGUUAAAGAAGAACACUUCCAAAAAGCCAGGAGAGCUGCAGAUAUUAUCGAGUGCUUCCCUGUCCCAGUCAGCUACAAGAAUGCGUCCAUACUUGAUUCACUUCAUUAUAUUGCUGCGGAGCUGAAGCCUGGGAACCUUCCAAUGACUCAGCCAUUCACUGUCGGAGAUAACAGAACAUACAACGGCUAUUGGAACCCACCACUUUCCUCAGUGAAAAGCUACAGCAUUUACUUUCAAGCACUCAGCAAAGCUAAUGGGGAGACCAAAAUCAGCUGCUUAAGACUGGCAACAAAAGGUAGGAUACAGAUCACUACACCGUACAUUCUUGUCAUCCCAAGUGCAGGUGCUUCAACACAGAACUCCAAUACAGUGGAGCCGGAAAAGCAAGUUGAUAACACAGUGAAAAUGGCUGGAGUUAUUGCAGGAAUUUUAAUGUUUAUUAUCAUCAUGCUGGGAGUCAUGCUAAUAGUUAAAAAACGGAGGAGUGCUUAUUCCUACUCAUAUUACCUGAAACUGGCAAAAAAACAGAAGGAGACCCAAAGUGGCACCCAGCGGGAAAUGGAGCCUGUGGUAACUGCGACAGACAAGGGGUGUAACAAGCAUGAAAGAGAUGAAACACUAUCAGCAGAACAAGUCACACCCAGUGCAGUAUUAGGCAGCAACCAUGAAGAUAUGAACCAGACUACUAGGGUUGUUCAAACUCAUUCCUAUAGGAAUUGCGAACCUGUUGAAAUGUCAUAUCAAUCUGGACAAUUUCAGCCUGCUAUACGAGUAGCAGACUUACUGCAGCACAUCACACAGAUGAAAUGUGGCAAGGGCUAUGGCUUUAAAGAAGAGUAUGAGAGUUUGCCAGAAGGACAGUCAGCAGCUUGGGACACUGCCAAGAAAGAGGAAAACCGUUCUAAGAACAGAUAUGGGAACAUCAUUGCUUAUGACCAUUCUCGUGUACGACUUCAGCUACUAGAUGGAGACCCACAUUCAGAUUAUAUAAAUGCCAAUUACAUUGACGGUUAUCAUAGGCCACGUCACUACAUAGCCACUCAAGGUCCAAUGCAGGAAACAGUUAAAGAUUUCUGGAGAAUGAUAUGGCAGGAAAAUUCAUCCAGUAUCGUCAUGGUAACUAAUCUGGUCGAAGUGGGAAGGGUGAAAUGUUGCAGGUAUUGGCCAGAUGAUACUGAGCUCUAUGGUGAUAUUAAAGUAACGCUGGUCGAGUCUGAACCCCUGGCAGAGUACGUUAUUCGUACUUUCACAGUUCAGAAGAAAGGCAAUCAUGAAAUUCGGGAGAUUAGACAGUUCCACUUCACAAGCUGGCCUGAUCAUGGAGUACCAUGCUAUGCAACCGGCUUACUGGGAUUUGUUAGACAAGUAAAGUUCCUAAACCCAAAUGACGUUGGCCCUAUUAUAGUACACUGCAGCGCGGGUGCAGGAAGGACGGGAUGUUUCAUUGCUAUCGACAUCAUGCUUGAUAUGGCAGAAAGUGAAGGUGUGGUGGAUGUUUACAACUGUGUCAGAGAGCUCCGUUCACAGAGGGUCAACAUGGUGCAGACCGAGGAACAAUAUGUCUUUGUUCAUGAUGCAAUUUUAGAGGCCUGCUUAUGCGGAAACACAACAAUACCAGUUUGUGAAUUCAGAGCUACAUUUUACAACAUCAGCAAGGUGGAUCCACAAACAAACUCCAGCCAGAUCAAAGACGAGUUUCAGACACUGAAUAUUGUAACUCCGCGCGUUCGACCUGAGGAUUGCAGCGUUGGUCUCCUUCCACGCAAUCAUGACAAGAACCGGAACAUGGAUGUGCUCCCUCCGGAUAGGUGUCUUCCAUUCCUCAUUUCUGUAGAUGGUGAAACAAACAACUAUAUAAAUGCUGCACUUAUGGACAGCCACAAAAGGCCUGCUGCAUUUAUUGUCACACAGCACCCUUUACCGAAUACUGUGACAGACUUCUGGAGAUUAGUGUUUGAUUACCAUUGCUCGGCAAUAGUCAUGUUAAAUGAAGUUGAUGCUGCACAGCUCUGUAUUCAGUACUGGCCAGAGAAAAGUCUGUGUUGCUAUGGUCCUAUUCAAGUGGAAUUCAUCUCAGCAGACUUUGAAGAGGAUAUCAUUGUCCGGGUCUUUCGGAUCUACAAUAUGGCACGACCUCAGGAUGGAUAUCGCAUUGUACAGCAGUUCCAGUUUAUUGGGUGGCCUUCAUAUCGAGAUACCCCAUUAUCAAAGCGUUCUUUUUUGAAACUGAUUAAGCGUUUGGAGAAAUGGCAAGAAGAAUAUGAUGGAGGAGAUGGUCGUACUGUGGUACACUGUUUUAAUGGCGGUGGGCGCAGUGGUACACUUUGUGUAGUUCGCAGUAUCUGUGAGAUGAUUCAUCAACAAAAUAUAAUAGAUGUUUUUCACACAGUCAAAACUCUACGAAACAACAAAUCCAACAUGGUAGACACUCUGGAGCAAUACAAAUUCUGCUAUGACGUGGCACUGGAAUAUUUGAAUUCAUUUUGAACUUCAAUCAUGAGAAGAAUUGCUAUGGUAAUGAAGUGACAUUUCUUGUCAAAGAAACAGUUUCUGACUUAUGUAAAAGAAAAGUAUGCAUCUAGAAGACCCUUGUACAGAUUUUUGCUUUCAUACAUCUUGGUAAAUCCAGGAAAGAAAACAAGCAGAAAUCCAGUGCUAAUCGCAGCCAAUAUCCACAAGAAAUACCGGGACUAGCUGAAGGACUUAUUGGACUAACCCAUAUUUUAUGGGAGUUCUGCUUUUGCUAGAAGUUAAUUGAUGUAAUUGGUCAGGAUAGAGAUUUUGCCAGCCGUUCAUUUUGUUGAUUGUCCUUGUAUAUUACAUUCCAUGGUGUUAAAAUUGUUUAAAUGAAGGUAUUAGUAAAUGCUAACUAUGAUCUAUUAGCUUAGUUUUAUUUAGCAUUUUCUAAUAAUUGGUAUCAGAAUUGCUAAGUGAAACUGAGCAAUAAUAUUCCUGUUAGACGUUGUUCAGCCACCAUUCAAAACUGUACAGUUUGGGGUCACCAAUUAUUUUGUGAGAAUAAGGCUUUGAAAUGUCAAUCUAACCUUCAAGCAACUUUCAACUACUCUUCAGGCAGCUGACCUUUAAACAAAGUAAGCCAUUUUUUUAUUCCAUAUAGCUGAUGCAGUUGAAAGUAUACCACUCCCUGUAAUUUUGUUCAGAGGAAUUUAUAAGUUCAGUAGUUAUUCUUGACGCAGUUUACGGAGCUGAGUCCUUACUAUAAAUGAGAAUGGGUGCAUGUGAGUGCAGGUGAUUUAUGUACAAAAUUAAAAGCUAUAUUGUAUGAAAACUGAAAAUUGGAAAUUAAAAAGCAGGGACUAUUAAAAUGCAUAACUCCUAAAGGGGAAAUGGAUUGACUUCUCUUAUGUGAUCCUUAAUCAGGAUUUUAAGUUCUAUUUUAAUCAAAAGUGUGCAGCAAUUACUUUAAAUUUUUGUUAAUUGAACUCUAUGCAUUUCCAGCCAUAUUCAAAGUUUAUUUCAAUUGAAAUGGAUUCAUCCAGGGCACUGUUUUCACUUCUCUGAUAAAUACAUUACCAUUAAUUUGUCUGCUAUUCUAACAGCGUUAUUAAUCUGCAAUGUAGUAAACAGGUUAGAUCUUCAACAUUUUAAUGGCCUGGAUGAAAAUUUAACAUCAAGAGAUUAAUCAGUGCUUUAAUAAUAAUAUAGAGAAGAUUAAGCAUCUGCGUGUUUCAUGCAUGUUCUCUUUAAUUGAUGCAGUCAUUAGUGAGAUGCACUGUAUUCAGAAGACUGCAAUACCUGAGAGCCUUGUAAAAGUGGUUUGCCGUAUUUUGGGUGUGAUUUAGUCAAAUUCAUGAAACAUUAUUACGGGCAGAAAGCAAAAUUGUAGUAUAAACUAAGUAUGUCUUAUGUCAGUUUUAACUGAGCUCUUGUCAAAGCAUCAUUCUUAUACUUUUACUAAACUUUAUAAACUGUUAAUCAACUUACAAUUCUUGUAGAUAAUAUGAACUCCAUAAAUACAUACAGUAUUUAUAAGAGAAAUAAAAAAAUGAGUUAUACUACGUCCUUAAACUUUACGAGGACGUUAAAUUUCUACCUCCUAUCAGAUUGUUUAGUUGCCAUUCUUCAAUGACUGAAGAAUAUAUGUUUGGUUUGUCUGGUAUUUUUCUUUCAAAUUUAUUUUAUAUUACAUGAGUUAUGAAUCAUAUAUACAUUUCUGCUGAGCAUUAAACUAUUUUGACUUCCUUUGGCUUUAUCUAAAGUAAGUACAUGAUAUUGCACAAACCUUCAAAUAUUAGUCCCAAGUGUAUGAAGUAUUCAUCAAUCCAUCGGGCAAAAUAGGCCUAAUCGCCAUGCACAGCCUUGAAAUGUUUGCUUUAACCUCCAAGAUCAGAGCUGUGUUGCAGUGUUAUACCUUUGCAAAGUUUGUGGCAUUAUUGAUAUAUGGUUAUAUUAAAUCUGAGCAUCCAGUUGGCUGGUUGAAGUUAGUAAUUGCUUGUAUGAGCCUUGACAUUGAAGAAUGAGCUGCAAAUCAUGUAAUAUGAUUGAAAACGAUCAAAGCAAUAUUUCUGGAUAUAACUCAUGAAAGAUGCAAAAAAUAAAAAUGGGGCUUUAGAGUAAAAAAGACUGUUCUGAAUAGCUGACAGUUAGACACAAUUUACUCCAUACCAAACCAUAAAUCAAUGGCUGUUAUAAACAAUCUAUCAGGCUUUCUGCUGUAACACUGAGAUACAAUUGAACUCAAGCAAUGUAUUUUUACUAUGCUUUCUGCAGCUCUAUGCCCUCCAUACCAUUUCCACAAAUACCAUGUUAAAUUACUCACCUGUGGUCUCCCCAAUUUAAGUGCUAACUAUGUACAAUCAGAAAAUUAAACCAAUGUACAGCAAAGAAAAUAUUCAGAUCAGUUUGUUUCUUCUCCCAUGCACACCAGUGUAUGUGGAUCCCUUUUAAGAUCAGUUUUUCUGUGUUUGGUAGUUGAAAGCAUGUUUGAAUAUCUUCAUUGUGUAAUACUCUGUAGUAGGUUACUUUUCCAGCUUUAUAAAUCGUGGUAAAUUAUGUUAAGUCAAAUAAUAUAUGAAGUAUAUUUUUGACAGUACAUAAAGUAAUGUGACCUUUUUACAAUUACAAUGCCAUUUGAUUAAUUUAUUCUUAUAUGUUGUAAGGAAAUGUUUGUAAAAUGGGCAGUGAGCCAAACUGUACUAUAAAAUAAAUGGAAUAUGUGAUGCAACUGUAAUAACUUCCUGUGCCAGUUUGAACACAGUAGAGACCAAACUACACAGAAUGAGAUCUUGAAGGUGAGAAACAGUUGUUGCCCUUCAACACAAUGUUUCAAGAAUUCUGACCUAUUGAUGGAAAAAGUCAAGUACUAUGUAAUUAGUGUUUAGCAUUUGGGAUAUACACUACAUCCUGCCCAGGGUAGUAAGGAAUCCUGGAUUUAAUUAAGAAACAGAAAUGGUUCUUGCAGGGGAACAGAUGGUAAGAUUUAUCUUGGGGACAUGAACUAUGAUGAAAUCAAUGGCCUUCCCCAUCCACAUUUGAUUGUGAUCUAAUCAUUCUGUGGCACAUUCAGCUUCAAUAAAGAGAUUAUAAAGUAAACAGCAUCAUUCUCUGAUGGCAUAUUCGUAAACAAUAUUUUAGUUUAAUUUCAAAUGGAUGUACAUCUGUCAAAAAUGUUAAAAUACAUUGAAUUUUCGUUUAAUUUCUU